GUUCCGUUAGCCUCAUUGUUCUGCUUUCUGCUGAGUGCCUGCCUGAACUUUGUUCCUUCUCCAUCUCUGUCUUCACCUACAAGUUGUCCGUUCACAGAUCCCCUGAAUGGCCUUGUUUCUGAGAAUUGGAGUGAGAACUCUUCUCCUGUUGCUGUUCCAGGGAGUCCCUGAGGACAUACUUGCCAGAUCGCACUCUCUGCAGUAUUUCUACACGGCUGUGUCUGAGCCAGGCCCAGGAGUGCCUUCAUUUACUGCCUCUGGCUUUGUGGAUGACCAACUCUUCAUCCACUAUGACAGUGUGGAGAUGAAGGCAAAGCCUUGUGCUCCUUGGUUGAAGGAGGAUUUAGAUUACUUUGAUGAUGAGACCAAGAUCUUCACAAGUCGGAUGAAGAUUUUCCACUUAAAUCUGAGAAAUGUGCAGAAAUACUACAACCAAACCUGGGAGCACAGCCUGAAGAAAGAGAAUACAGAAAAGUCAGCAGGCCCCCACACCCUCCAGUUCACCUAUGGCUGUGAGCUCCGGGACGACGGUGGGACCAUGGGGCACUGGCAGUAUGGCUACGACGGUAAUGACUACUUGAGCUUGGACAUGGACCUUCUGCAGUACACAGCUGUCUCAUUUAUCGCCCGCUACACCAAGCAAAAGUGGGAGGCCAGUGGGAACUCCAUAAAGAGAGAUAAAGCCUACUUGGAGAAGGAAUGCAUCUGGUGGCUGCAGAGAUACUUGGAGUGUGGACGGGAGAGGCUGACCCGCACUGAGCCUCCCAGAACACACGUGACUCAUCACCCCAGCCCUGAUGGAAAGGUUGCUCUGAGGUGCUGGGCCCUGGGCUUCUACCCGGCGGAGAUCACACUGACCUGGCAGCGGGAUGGGGAGGACCAGACCCAGAACACAGAGCUUGUGGAGACCAGGCCUUCGGGGGAUGGGACCUUCCAGAAGUGGGCGGCUGUGGUGGUGCCCUCUGGAGAGGAGCAGAGAUACACGUGCCAUGUGCAGCACGAGGGGCUAUCUGAGCCCUUCAUCCUGACAUGGGAGCCGCCUUUUCAGCCCACCAUCCCAGUCAAGAAACAAUUUCCUAGCCUGGGUCUUGGAGCUGUGGUCCUUACAGUUGUGAUCAUGGGAGCUGCGGUUGCUGGAUUUGCCCUCUGGAGGAACAAGAGCUCAGGCACUGGAAAGCCUGGCCGAGAGUCUAUUAAUUCCUCAGUUCUUAAAGCCUGAGAGCUCAGCACUGCACAGGCCUGGAAGACACUUCUUCCAAAUGAUUUUCAGCUUCCACACCCUGCUCACCUCCACUUCCUCCCACCCUGCCUGCUGUUCCUACUUGAGGCUUCCUGGAG